CUUUUGACAGAGCAACUUCCUUCUGCGAAGAUAAAUUUGUAUCUCUUUCAUCCAUUUCAGUACAGAAGGCUGACAGAGCGCAAUCUUAUCAGCUGUUGUAUUUUGUUCUGUGGCAUAGCUGCUGUCCCUGCGAUCGGUUUUCCUAUCUCGUGCAACAACAUUCGCAUACGAACAUUUCACUUUCACUUUUGUGGGGCCGACCUUUUCCGCAACAACGCACGAUCAACAAGGAACUGGUUUCAUACACCCAAAACCGCAACCAGGUUCCCCAGUGGUAACAGUGGAAACCAUUGUGCCCAUUAAGCGCUCGCACUGCUUACGUGGAGCACAAGUCGGGUUCUUUCGUGGGCGAAUACGAAAUUUGCCCCGUAAUUGUGCUGGUGCCUUUUCAUACACGGAAGUCCAAAGGUCAAAGUUUGCCACCAAAUGAACAUGACUCGCUUGAUUCAGUCUCGAACCGCGGCUUCACCACUCGGGAGAGUUUUAACAUCGUCCAGUGCACCACCAGUGGGUAAAAUGGUUCCAACUUCAUCCCAGCAAACGUACGGAACAUCGGCAACGGCAGGUCCGCUUGCGCUCCAACGCCAACCCGUCCCGAAACUCUCCGAUACGAUGCAGAAACUGGUGCGGUCUAUCGAACCGCACGUCGAUGCAAACACGCUAGCCGGAACCAAGCGUGCCAUCGAACAGUUUACCGUGUCGGGUGGUAUUGGGCAAAAAUUGCAAGCUUUGCUGGAACAACGUGCAGCGCAAAAGGAUAACUGGCUUGCGGAUUGGUGGCUGCGGAGUGCUUACAUGGAGUACAGGGAUCCGGUCAUUGUUUACUCGAGCCCGGGCCUUGUCUUUCCCAAAGCUAAUUACAAAACAACUGACGAACAGUUGCUGUACGCGGCAAAAAUGGUUUCAGCGGCACUCGCCUACAAAAUGCUUAUCGAUGGUGGCAAAAUUAAGCCGGAAAUGAUGGGUAAGAUACCGUUGGAUAUGUCACAGUACGAGAAGAUCUUCGGUACAUGUCGUAUUCCGGGGAAGGAUCGCGACUCGGUGCAGUACAACCCACGAUCGAGACACAUCGUGGUAGCGUGCAAUAAUCACUACUAUCGACUUCCGGUGUUCACUUCUGCGGGGGGUAUUGCUAGUGAGGGACAAAUUCUCACCGAACUGAAGAAGAUCGUAGCAAAGGAAGGUAACAAUCGGGCCAGUCCUCUUGGUAUCCUGACCGCUAAUCAACGGGAUAGUUGGGCGAGUGCGUACGAAACGUUGAUGGCCGAUCCGAUCAAUCGAUCGUCGGUGGAAAGCAUCCAGCAGGCACUGUUUGUUUUGUCGAUCGAUCGCGAACUACCACAAAAGUCUGGAACUGAUCAUAUCGUAACGGCAAGCGAUCUCCUAAUACACGGUGGAGGAUCGAACGCUAACGGUGGUAACCGAUGGUACGACAAAACGAUCCAAUUGGUCGUAGCACCGAACGGCAUUAACGGUCUGACGUACGAACAUUCCCCCGCCGAAGGACAACCGAUCGCGGUAAUGACGGACUUCUUGCUCGAGUAUAUUAACAACGGAAAGAGUCUCAAUACGAAGGAUCAAGUCGAGCUUAAGGAUGGAGCAGUUAAGUUAACCCUUAACGUAACACCUGCGUUGCAAUCGGAAAUUGAACAAGCGGCUAAUUUUGUUGAUAAACUAGCCGCAGACAUACAGAUGGACUACGUACACUUUACCGACUAUGGAAAGGGCUUCAUUAAGACGCAGCGCAUGAGUCCCGAUAGCUACAUCCAGAUGGCAAUUCAGUAUGCAUUCUAUCGACUGCAUCACACUCCUGGCGCUCACUACGAAUCGGCCCAGAAUCGGAUGUAUGUGCACGGCCGCACCGAAACGAUACGCUCGUGUUCGGUUGAAUCGAUUGCUUUCGCACGAGCGAUGCUAGAACCGAAACAGGAUGGACCGACCAAACUGGAAGCAAUGAAGGCUGCCAUCAACGCGCACAAGGCAUACGUAUCGAUGGCAAUCCAAGGGCAGGGAGUAGAUCGACAUUUGCUCGGAUUGAAGCUGACGGCGAAGGAGAAUGGGCUGACCGUGCCGGAACUCUUUUCCGAUCAAGGCAUACAGCGUAGCGCGCAUAUGCGGCUUUCCACUAGCCAGGUGGCAUCACGGUACGACGCAUUCAUGUGCUAUGGCCCACUAACGCAGGAUGGAUACGGAUGCUGCUACAAUCCGAAGGAGGACGAUAUGUGGUUCGGCGUGUCAGCGUUCCGUUCGAACAAAGAAACGGAUCUAGCGCGGUUCCGAGUGAGCUUGCAGGAGGCCUUGCGUGAAAUGUACGAAGUGUUGGUCUUGUACGGCGAGAAGCCUAAGGCCAAGUUGUGAGCGACUCGCGUUGUAACCAGAUUCACAAGUUUUUUUUGAGUUUUUGUUUGUUUCAAUGGCCUUUGAUAUCUUUUGGAUGCUGUUUUUUUAGUACUAAGCUAAAGUGUUUAUCCUUCUACUGUUUGAAGCUCUUGCAAUAAAACUGACUGAUUUUAAAUAAAAUAUAACUGGUGAUGGAUUUCAGAAUAUUCUUAA